AUGAAGUUGUUUCAAUGGAUUCAUCGAAAACUUCAGCAGAAUAAUAUCGAUCCCUCCAAGGAUUUCACUCUUGGAAAACCUUGUCUUACAGUGCAGCUAUCGCUCGAGAGCCAAUACUCUCAGUCAAAGCCAAGCUUUAGUUCCAUUAACCAGUACCAGAGUUUCUUAACGUCGCGCCAUCAGGAAAGUCAAGCAUCUUGGUGCAGAGAAGAAGGAACAUCUGCAGCCAUCUCCGAGCUCUUAGAAGGCUUUCUGACAAUUGGAACACUCGGUGCAGAUGCAGUUACCAAUGAGCCAGCAACACCAACAUUUGCCACGUCUUUAGAAAACUUACCAAAGAAAGAUGCAGACUUGACAGAAACUGAUCUGAAGCUCAUUAGUUAUGAGCUUGAGAAAUUCCUGGAGGCUGAAGAAGAAUCAUCUGGAAGUCAUAGCCGUCUUAGCAACAUCACACUUAACGAGAAGCAAAAAGAUGGAUCCGAAGCUGAAGAUUGCGGAAACAAGGCAUUAUUUCCACUGCAAGGAUAUUUAUUGGGGUCAUCGUUCGAAAUACCAGAGAAAGUAGAAGUGAAGAAAGAGAGGGCAUCACUUGCUGAGCUAUUUCAAAGGACAAAGACAACAGAUGAAGACUGUAUAGAGACAAGAGCAAAAGAGACACAAGCCAAGCAUGCACAUAAGUCUGCCAUGCAUAGUAUGAAAAAGAUGUUGAAAAUGGUUCACAGCUCUUCAAAAAGCUGUAAAACCACAGGGAAUAUCGCUGAUUCUACUACAACCAAUACCAAGUUCAGUAAGGUUCUACGUAAGUUUAACCGAAAAGUCUAUCCCAAAGAUACCAUGAAUGCAAAAAGUGUUGCUAAAUCUUACAAAGGAAAGAUUAAAAAUCUUUCCUGUGAUAUUGGAGACACCACAAACACAGGAAAACACUGUGAGACCAACUGGAACCAUAUCCUAAAUUGCGGUGGUUCGACUGGAAAAAAUGAGCACUGGAUCAAAACAGAUACAGAAUGUAAAUUUGGUGCUGGAGCUGUAGCAACUUAUGCUGUAAGAAAGUGUUAA